GCGGGGUCUGGCCGGCUGAGGCGCCGCCGCCCGCCGUUGGAGGAACCUGAGGCGCGGGGCCGGGAACCACGGGGGGUCUGGACGGCGGCGGGCGCGAGGGCAGGCGUGCCCAGAGUGGUCGCACGUGCGUCGGCCACCGCCCCUCGGCCUUCCUCUUCGCGGGUCCCCUCCCUCUCCGCCGGGACGCGGGAGAGCCCGGCGCGCGACGGGGGCGCGAGGUGGAGCCGGCGGGGGCGGCCAAUGCGAAACUGGCUGGUGCUGCUGUGCCCGUGUGUGCUCGGGGCCGCGCUGCACCUCUGGCUGCGGCUGCGCUCCCCGCCGCCCGCCCGCGCCUCCGGAGCCGGCCCGGCAGAUCAAUUGGCCUUAUUUCCUCAGUGGAAAUCUCGUCACUAUGAUGUGGUAGUUGGUGUGUUGUCAGCUCGCAAUAACCAUGAACUUCGAAAUGUGAUAAGAAGCACCUGGCUGAAGCAUUUAAUACAACAUCCGUCAUUAAGUCAACGUGUGCUUGUGAAGUUCAUAAUAGGUGCUCAUGGUUGUGCCGUGCCAGUGGAAGACAGGGAGGAUCCUUACUCCUGCAGACUGCUCAACAUCACGAAUCCGGUUUUGAACCAGGAAAUUGAGGCAUUCAGUCUUCCUGAAGACACCUCAUCAGGAAUUUCUGAGGACCGAGUUGUCAGCGUGAGCUUCCGAGUUCUCUACCCAAUCGUUAUUACCAGUCUUGGGGUGUUUUAUGAUGCCAACGAUGUGGGUUUCCAGAGGAACAUCACAGUCAAGCUUUAUCAGGCAGAACAAGAGGAGGCCCUCUUCGUGGCUCGUUUCAGCCCUCCAAGCUGUGGUGUGCAGGUGCACAAGCUGUGGUACAAGCCUGUGGAGCAGUUCAUCCUGCCUGAGAGCUUUGAAGGUACCAUCGUGUGGGAGAGCCAAGACCUCCAAGGCCUUGUGUCAAGAAAUCUCCACAAAGUGACUGUAAAUGAUGGCGGGGGUGUUCUCCGAGUCAUUACGGCUGGGGAGGGUGCCUUGCCUCAUGAAUUCAUGGAAGGCGUGGAGGGGGUUGCAGGUGGUUUUAUUUACAUCAUUCAGGAAGGUGAUGCACUCUUACAAAACCUUCAUUCUCGCCCUCGAAGACUUCUUGACCACAGAAGUAAUCUCCACAGGGAAGACGCCUUACUGAGGGAGGAGAGCAGCGUCUAUGAUGACAUUGUUUUUGUGGAUGUCGUUGACACUUACCGAAAUGUUCCUGCGAAAUUACUGAACUUCUACAGAUGGACUGUGGAAACAACCAGCUUUGACUUAUUGCUAAAGACAGAUGACGACUGUUACAUAGACUUGGAAGCUGUGUUUAAUAGGAUUGCCCACAAGAAUCUGGAUGGGCCUAAUUUUUGGUGGGGAAACUUGGUCCUUUGUAGUGAUCGUAAAGGGGUCCGGCUUAAUAGUGGUAGGACAGCCGUCGCGCCGACACGAAGAAGCCAACUGUUUUUGACUCUCAGUUUCAGACUGAAUUGGGCCGUGGACCGGACCGGCAAGUGGCAGGAGCUGGAGUACCCCAGCCCCGCCUACCCAGCCUUUGCCUGCGGCUCGGGGUACGUCAUCUCCAGGGACAUCGUCCACUGGCUCGCCGGCAACGCGGGCAGACUCAAGACCUACCAGGGUGAAGACGUAAGCAUGGGCAUCUGGAUGGCAGCCAUAGGACCUAGUCGAUACCAGGACGGCCUGUGGCUGUGUGAGAAGACGUGUGAGCCGGGCAUGCUGUCCUCCCCGCAGUACUCGCCGCAGGAGCUGACGCAGCUGUGGCAGCUGAAGGAGCGGUGCGGGGAUCCUUGCCGGUGCGAGGCAGCCGCGGGAGGGUUUUAACCGGCCGCGCUGCGGGAGCGGCCGCUGAGCGGAGUCCCCCGAGAGCCCGCGGUGGGGCAGCAGACGCCUGGCGGCCCGGGAUAGUGCUCGGUUGGCACUUUUUACCUGUAACCAACGUGAUCUUUCUAAAUGUUUGCACAGAAUGUCCUUUUUAAAACUCAGCUGAUCCUGUACAUAACAAAAAUUUUAUUUCUAUAUUGCAAGACUUUGAAAAACACCAAACUGUUUUAUAAACAUUUCUAAAACCUGA